CGUGAGAGUAGCGUGGGGGCGGGGAGGAGAGGCGGCGGCGCAGGAGCUACGCCACACGCGGCCGGGGCGCUGGGAGUCCGAAAGCAGAGCGGGGUCGUGGCGGCGGUGGUGAGAAGAGGGAGGCGGAGGAGGGGGUGCCAUGGCGGGGCAGCAGUUCCAGUACGAUGACAGCGGGAACACCUUCUUCUACUUCCUCACCUCCUUCGUGGGGCUCAUCGUGAUCCCGGCCACAUACUACCUCUGGCCCCGAGAUCAGAAUGCCGAGCAAAAUCGAUUAAAGAAUAUCAGAAAAGUAUAUGGAAGAUGUAUGUGGUAUCGUUUACGGUUAUUAAAACCUCAGCCAAAUAUUAUUCCUACAGUAAAGAAAAUAGUUCUGCUUGCAGGAUGGGCAUUGUUAUUAUUCCUUACAUACAAAGUUUCCAAAACAGACCGAGAAUAUCAAGAAUACAAUCCUUAUGAAGUAUUAAAUUUGGAUCCCGGGGCAACAGUAGCAGAAAUUAAGAAACAGUAUCGUUUGCUGUCACUUAAGUAUCAUCCAGAUAAAGGAGGUGAUGAAGUUAUGUUCAUGAGGAUAGCAAAAGCUUAUGCAGCUUUAACUGAUGAAGAGUCCCGGAAAAAUUGGGAAGAGUUUGGAAAUCCAGAUGGGCCUCAAGCCACGAGCUUUGGAAUUGCCCUGCCAGCUUGGAUAGUUGACCAGAAAAAUUCAAUUUUGGUUUUACUUGUAUAUGGAUUGGCAUUCAUGGUUAUCCUUCCAGUUGUUGUGGGCUCUUGGUGGUAUCGCUCAAUACGCUAUAGUGGAGACCAGAUUCUAAUACGCACAACACAGAUUUAUACAUACUUUGUUUAUAAAACCCGAAAUAUGGAUAUGAAACGGCUUAUCAUGGUCUUGGCUGGAGCCUCUGAAUUUGAUCCUCAGUAUAACAAGGAUGCCACAAGCAGACCAACAGAUAAUAUUCUAAUACCUCAGCUAAUCAGAGAAAUUGGCAGCAUUAAUUUAAAGAAGAAUGAGCCGCCACUUACCUGCCCAUAUAGCCUGAAGGCCAGAGUUCUUUUACUGUCUCAUCUUGCUAGAAUGAAAAUUCCUGAGACCCUUGAAGAAGAUCAGCAAUUUAUGCUGAAAAAAUGCCCUGCCCUACUUCAAGAAAUGGUUAAUGUAAUCUGCCAACUAAUAAUAAUGGCCCGGAGCCGUGAAGAAAGGGAGUUUCGUGCUCCAACUUUGGCAUCCCUGGAAAACUGCAUGAAGCUUUCCCAGAUGGCUGUGCAAGGCCUUCAGCAGUUUAAGUCUCCCCUUCUGCAGCUCCCUCACAUUGAAGAAGACAAUCUUAGAAGGGUUUCUAAUCAUAAAAAGUACAAAAUUAAGACUAUCCAGGAUUUGGUGAGUUUAAAAGAAUCAGAUCGUCACAAUCUAUUGCACUUCCUUGAAGAUGAAAAGUAUGAAGAGGUUAUGGCUGUCCUUGGGAGUUUCCCAUUUGUGACCAUGGACAUAAAAUCACAGGUAUUGGAUGAUGAAGAUAGCAACAACAUCACAGUAGGAUCCUUAGUUACAGUGUUGGUUAAAUUGACAAGGCAAACAAUGGCAGAAGUAUUUGAAAAGGAGCAGUCCAUCUGUGCUGCAGAGGAACAGCCAGCAGAAGAUGGGCAGGGUGAUACUAACAAGAACAGAACAAAAGGAGGAUGGCAACAGAAGAGUAAAGGACCCAAGAAAACAGCUAAAUCAAAAAAAAAGAAACCUUUAAAAAAAAAACCUACACCUGUGCCCUUAUCACAACCAAAGCAACAGAAACAAAAGCAGGCUAACGGAGUCGUUGGGAGCGAAGCUGCAGUAAAGGAAGAUGAAGAAGAAGUUUCUGACAAAGGCAGUGACUCUGAGGAAGAAGAAACCAAUAGAGACUCUCAAAGUGAAAAAGAUGAUGGUAGUGACAGAGACUCUGAUAGAGAGCAAGAUGAAAAACAAAACAAGGAUGAUGAAGCAGAGUGGCAAGAAUUACAACAAAGUAUACAGCGAAAGGAGCGAGCUCUACUGGAAACCAAAUCAAAGAUAACACACCCUGUUUAUAGUCUUUACUUUCCUGAGGAAAAACAAGAAUGGUGGUGGCUUUAUAUCGCAGAUAGGAAGGAACAAACGUUAAUAUCUAUGCCAUACCAUGUGUGCACACUAAAAGAUAUGGAAGAGGUAGAACUGAAGUUUCCUGCACCAGGAAAGCCUGGAAAUUAUCAAUAUACAGUGUUUCUAAGAUCAGACUCCUAUAUGGGUUUGGAUCAGAUUAAACCAUUGAAGUUGGAAGUUCAUGAGGCUAAGCCUGUGCCAGAAAAUCACCCACAGUGGGAUACAGCAGUAGAGGGGGAUGAAGACCAGGAGGACAGCGAGGGCUUUGAAGAUAGCUUUGAGGAAGAGGAAGAAGAGGAGGAAGAUGAUGACUAAGCAGUACUAUGAAUGGACCACAACAUUUGCACAUAUUUGCAAAUUUUUGCUGUUUUGGAAGUGUGUAAUAAACCAGAAACAGUGCAGAACUGAUGUUGAGGGAGGUGUUAGUUCUUUACUAGAAAUGGGUGCAUAAUAUAACUAGGCAGUGGUGGUGCCUUGGUACAGUCUGAAAAAUGCUUAAGGCUUGUGAAAGCCUUUCAAGUAUGGGCUGGUGCAUUUAUUUCAUCUGAAAAUGAUAAUAAACCCUUUGUUAUAACUGUCCAGAAGUGUGGGCUAUGUAUUAUCUGAUCAUUUGUGGUCCCAGUGAAAGUAAAGGUACAUGAAAAACAAUCUAUAAAUGAGCGACUUUUCUUUGUUUAGCUUUAGUUUUAACAAACGUUAAAGUAUGAUAAACACCACAAAUGUUUUAAGUAACAUCUGCUCAAGUUUUAAUCUCUUGGUAAGCUCUAUUAUUCAUUUAUUGACAUUUUGCAGUGAUACAAGAGUAUUUAUAACAGCUCCAUUCAUAGCUUUAAACAUUUUAUUUUUGCCUAUCUUGGUCGUAAGUUGGCAUUCUGUCACAUUCCACAUAAUAUAGAGGGCUACGUUUUGGGAUUUUCCUUUUCUUAAUUGCCCAGAGUUAUCAGAUUAUAAAAAUGGCUUUUAAUGGCUUAAAACAUUUUUAAGCCUCUAUUUUAGCAGAUCAAUACAGGAUCUAAUUCUUUUUAUAAGCUAUAGAUCUAAAAAUGAUUGUGGGACCAUAUGUUCUCUGAUAUUGGUGACUUACGUUAUUAAACCUUUUUUAAAAGGUUCAUUAUAAAAGCUGAAAUACAUUCUUAGCUUUUAAUCUACCUGACUCUAUCAGAAGCCUUUUAAGGAAAAAUAUAACAUGCAAACGAGGCAUUUUUUUGUAUUCAUUUUGGACUCCUGUCAAUAAAAUAGAAAUUUGACUCACUUUA